UCCUACUCCUAAUUUUCUGGUGCUCUGCAUCUUUUCUUAUCCUUCUCUUUUUUUCUUUUUUUUCUCCUGUCCUGUCCUCCCUUAUUCUUGUUCAUUCGGCAUUAGAUCACUGUGACUAAACCCACCUUUCUUAGUACAGCUGCCUAGCAGAGGCCACAUUCCUCUUCACAUGUGAACACUAUACAGAGAAAGAGGGCAACAUAUGGAUGAGGCGUAGGAGAGAAAGAAAGAGAGUGGGUUGGUGGAAGAGAGGGAGGGAGAGUAUCACUCCAGAGCCCAUACCCCUCUUGAGAGUACCACUAAUGUAGCAUCGUCAGAGAGAGAGAGCGAGAAAGAGAGAGAGAUGUGUUAGUCUGAUGGAUGAGUGUUAAAAGAGGACAGAGCAACACAAGGGACCAGAGGCCAAACAACAGGAAAGAGAACACAGCUGACAGAAGCUUCAGACAGCACUGUGGAGUUAUUGUAUUUUUUUUAUACCUUCUUUUUGAAAGAUAUUUCUGUAACUGAGCACCGAAGAGGAACGAGCCGUCUGACAGCCUUUGAAGACCUCCAAUUUUAUAACAAGGAGGAGGAGAACGCAAUAUUUGAGAGCAGAGUAAAAAAUAAAAAAAUAAAUAGAAGGGAUAUAUAAACAUCGUCAGAAAGCCAGUGAGAGAGAUUGUCGGAGAGGUAGAGGGAGAGAGAGAGAGAGAGAAAAAAACGGUGAGUGAGGGAACGAGAGAGGGAGUGCUUUCCCUUCCCUAGCAACGGUUGGCAGUGUGCGAGAGGCUUCAGCCUGUUGUCUUGUGGCAGCGCGCGCGAGUGAGUGUCAGUGUGUGUAUGUGAAAGACGCCGUUAGCCAAAGAGAACCGCUCCUGCUCUCCCCUCUCUCUUCAAUCUUGUCUAGCCCUCGCCACCCCAGGUGGCUUACUCCUCCUUUUGUGCUCUGAGAUGACAGCCUCCUUCCAUCCGUGAAGAAAGAAGGAGUCGUUUAAAUCACGAGUAUACCGAGCCAGCGAGAAAAGGAUUGAGCGAGAGCUAAAGAAAGGGAAAGCGACUAGCGGAGAAGUAACGAGUCGAGAAAAAGGGGACGCGUUAACGGAACAAGUCUGGAGGAAGCGCCAGGAGUCGGGAUGGAGCACCUGAGCACGCGAGGUCUGCCCAGGCUCUCCUGGAUCGACACUCUCUAUAGCAACUUCAACUACAAUAACGACGGCUACGAUGGCGACGCUGCCGAGGACAGGAAGUCCCAGGACGGCUCAGAGACGAUGCCCUUCAUCGACGAGUCGCCCACUAUGUCGCCCCAGCUGUGUGCCCGGGGCCCAGAUGGCGAGGCUGUGUCACCCACUCCUCCAGAGGGUCUUCUCCCUGGGGGAGACAUAGAGAAAGGCUUGGAGAUGAAGAAGCUGGUUCUCUCUGGGUUCUUAGCCAGUGAGGAGAUCUACAUUAACCAGCUGGAAGCCCUGCUGCUGCCAAUGAGGCCCCUGAAGGCGGCGGCCACCUCCUCCAAGCCGGUCCUCAGCAUGGAGCAGAUCGAGACCAUCUUCUACAAGAUCCAGGACAUCUUUCAGAUCCACAAGGAGUUCUACGACGCGCUCCUCCCCCACAUCCAGCAGUGGGACGACAAGGUCACCGUGGGACACCUCUUCCAGAAGCUGGCCAGCGAGCUCGGCAUGUACAAAGCUUUCCUUGACAACUACAAAAGGGCAGUGGAGACCGCAGAGAAAUGCGCGCAGGCCAACGGUCAGUUCCAGAAGAUCUCUGAGAACCUGAAGGUGAAAGGACCAAAGGAUUCCAAGGACCUUACCAGCACUGUCACAAUGGAAGCUCUACUGUACAAGCCUAUUGACCGUGUGACCCGGAGCACAUUAGUCUUACAUGACCUACUGAAACACACCCCAAAGGACCACCCUGAUUUCCCACUUCUUCAGGACGCUCUGAGGAUAUCUCAGAACUUCCUUUCCAGCAUCAACGAGGAGAUCGACCCACGCAGGACCGCUGUCACCACGCCUAAGGGAGAGGCUCGUCAGCUGGUGAAGGACGGCUUCCUGGUGGAGGUGUCAGAGGGCUCGCGGAAGCUCCGUCAUGUCUUCCUCUUCACUGACCUGAUGCUCUGCGCCAAGCUGAAGAAGACUCCAGUGGGGAAGCACCAGCAGUAUGAGUGUAAGUGGUACAUCCCGCUGGCUGACCUCACCUUACAGACGCUGGACGACUCGGUCGAAUCCAUCCCGCACAUCCAGACGAUGCAAGAGCACGAGAUCGACGAGAUGAAAAACAAGAUCUGCGGCCUCAAGAGUGACAUUCAGAAGGAAAAGACGAAGGGACAGAGCCGAGUAGUGGAUCGGCUGAGGAAGAAAAUGAAUGAGCAGGAGUCCUGUCUGCUCUUGCACUCACCCACAAUCCCCUUCCGCAUCCACAACAGAAAUGGCAAGAGCUACUUGUUCCUGCUGUCUUCAGACUAUGAAAGGUCAGAAUGGAGAGAGAGCAUUGAAAAACUGCAAAAGAAAGACCUGCAGGCGUGUGUGCUGAGCUCUGUGGAACUGCAGGUUCUCACCGGCUUCUGUUUCAAACUCAGAACCGUCCAUAACAUACCACUCACCAGCCACAAAGAUGAUGAGGAGUCCCCCGGGCAUUAUGGCUUCCUGCAUGUGAUUGUCCACUCGGCCACAGGAUUCAAGGAGUCAGCCAAUCUCUAUUGUACUCUGGAAGUCGACUCCUUUGGGUACUAUGUCGGAAAGGCCAAGACCCGCGUGUUCCGAGACACCACAGAACCAACCUGGAAUGAGGAGUUUGAGAUCGAGCUGGAAGGCUCCCAGUGCUUACGGAUCCUCUGUUAUGAGAAGUGUUACGACAAAUCCAAGCUCAACAAGAUCGACGACGACAACGAGAUCGUGGACAAGAUUGUGGGGAAGGGCCAAGUUCAGCUGGAUCCACAGACAGUGCAGACCAAGAAUUGGCACAUGGAUGUGAUUGAGAUGAAUGGGAUCAAAGUGGAGUUCUCCAUGAAGUUCUCCAGUCGGGACCUGAGCCUGAAGAGGACUCCCUCCAAGAAGCAGAGCGGGGUCUUUGGAGUCAAAAUCAGCGUAGUGACAAAGCGCGAGCGCUCCAAGGUGCCUUACAUCGUCCGGCAGUGCAUUGAGGAGGUGGAGAAGCGGGGCAUCGUGGAGGUGGGCAUCUACAGGAUCUCCGGGGUGGCCACGGACAUCCAGGCCCUCAAGGCGGCAUUUGACACCAAUACCAAAGACAUCCUGGUGAUGCUGAGUGACAUGGACAUCAAUGCCAUCGCAGGAACCCUGAAGCUCUACUUCCGUGAGCUCCCGGAGCCCCUGCUCACUGACCGCCUCUACCCUGCUUUCAUGGAGGGCAUAGCGCUGUCUGACCCUGCUGCCAAGGAGAACUGCAUGAUGCACCUUCUGCGCUCACUGCCUGACCCCAACCUCAUCACCUUCCUCUCCCUGCUGGACCACCUGAAAAGAGUGGCUGAGAAGGAGCCCAUCAACAAGAUGUCCCUGCAUAACCUGGCCACGGUGUUCGGCCCCACCCUGCUCCGGCCGUCAGAGGCGUCCGAGAACAGCAAAGCCCAUGUCACCCUGGCCUCCGACAUUUGGUCACAUGACGUCAUGGCACAGGUCCAGGUGCUGCUGUACUACCUUCAGCAUCCGCCAAUAACCUUCACUGAGCUGAAGAGGAACACCCUCUACUUCUCCACUGACGUCUAAGCCCAGAGAGACAGAGACUCCUGCAGCAGCGGCCCCCUCCCUGCCUCCCAAACACCACAAUGUCUUUUACUGCACGGGCCCAAACCAAGGGAGGCCAGACGCCACCAACAGCAGGAGGACACGAGCCCUGCGCUCCACGCAUCCAUUCCAUUUGGAACGUCUUUGGAUCGUCGUCUUCUGUCCAGAGGGAACCCGUCUCUCGUCAAACUGGGGAAGAACUGGAGUGGAGCUCUCGUCCAGACCGGUUUUUCAGAAUAACGUGACGCUUCUAGUCAAUAGAACCCCCAUCGUGUGAUUCCCCAGAAGGCCAGCGGUGAAAUCAGGAUCCAAACCGUCCAAACACUUGGCCUGAGAAAACAUCCGCCAAACACCCUUACACUCUUCACUUUGCCUGUUCCCCAUCCACAAUCCACAUACACACCUUCCCCUCUUGAGUCGCUUCUCUUUAUGUGAGUGCUGGUACACGUCUACGUGUGUGUGUGUGAGUGUGUGAGUGUGUGUGUGAGUGUGUGUGUGUGUGUGUGUGUGUGUGUGUGUGUGU